UGGCAGCAGGAUGUUGCUCCGCUGGCCAUAUCUUGGCUUCAAUAACUUCCUUGGUUUGGACGUACAAUUGUAUAGUAGAGGUAGCGAGGUGUGUGAGCAUAUCCACGGGGCUCAAAGCUCCUUUACGUGGCUUCUCAUUCAAACACCGCGGCACUGUCCAUAGGUGAACUGACCAACCAUGUAGUCUGCUGCUGUCUGACUUUAGGCCAGAUUUCAACAAACUGUUGUACCUCUCUAUCAUACUUGCCCUGAGAGGAUGAUAUGGUACAUGAAAUUUCCACUUUAUUCCUAAUUGCUGCACCCAUUCUUGUAACGCAUGUCCAGUAAAGUGGGUGCCUUGAUUGCUCUCAAUCACCUCCGUCCGGCCAUAGGCUGCAAAGAGAAGCUCCAGGCCGGCCUCUCUUGGUGGUUUGCUGAUCUGCACAACGUGCAGGAAAAGCAACCAAUAGUCCAGUAGCCAUGUCCACACAAGUCAUGGGAUAGUGAUAUCCUUUUGAUAUGGGCAGAGGCUCAAUAUAGUCUAUUAGCCACUGGACAAGGGGUAUUGGCCCCCUUACUAUUGUCCCAUGUUGCUGUGGGACUCGGUGUAAGUCCCUCUUAGAGCACACAAGGCACUGCUUCUGGGCUCUGCUGACUUCUUCAAAUGUCAAUGGCAAGCCCCACUGACGAGCUACAGGCCACACUGUCUUUUGCCCCUCUUACAACAAAUGCUGGUGUAGCCAUUGGGCCACAUCAGAGGCUUUCCUUCUAGCCAGAGAGCUGGCCAGAGGCCAGAGUCCCAAAUCCUGUAAACAGUGGUAGUAAUAGAGUACCCCCAACAACAGCCUUAACUUCCUUUCCCAAAUUGAUACUCAUUGUUUCUGGCUUACACUCUUUGUUCAUGGCUCACAUCUUUUACUGAAAAGUAGAAAGGAACCAAAGGGAAUUAAAUUUAUUGGACCUUAGAUUUAUUGAAACUCUAUGCAGAACAACGAUUAAGAACAUGGGAAUUGCAGUCAGAUACAUCACGGUUUAAAUUCCUGCUUAGGACUUAACUGCUGCAGUUUGGCAAGUCACUUAAUCUCACUGUCCUCAUCUGCAAAAUGGGGGCAAUAAUACCACCUUCCAGGUUUUCUGACCAUUAAAUAACAAAUCUUAAUGUUUGGAACAGACUAAGAAGGAAGUUUAUACAAUAGUUAAUAUGAUCAAGUCUCUUCCCAUUUCCUGGGGCCAAGUGCUUUACAUACUUAUCAACCUUAUAAAAUGGACUUAGGACUGAAAAAUGUAGUCAGUUGUACAAUAGCAGAAAUUUAUGUAGCGGUGGGAGUGUGCUCGUAGCAGUAUAUUUCCAAACAAUAUUGUUAGACACACUUUUCUUGGUUGAAAUUUGAUAAAAGCUAGGUAGGAGAAAAUUCCAGACAACAUGCUCUGAUGAGCACCUUAAGCUGAUACUCCUCGUUUCUGGAUGAGGGAGGAGCACACCUCAGCAUAUGGUUUGAAAGCCCAGGAGCCCCUUUGGCAGGACGCUGGCGCCUUUGUGGGACACUUGGCUGGGAAGGGCCAUCCCACCUGCUUGAGCUGGAGGGCUGAGGACCCUUUACUGGCUGUUGUCCUCCUGUUGAACUCCGUGCAGUAAGCACCGCUUACGUUCGUAGGCACUUUAGCGGAUAACCCGUGGCGCCUCUGUACGAGAGGAAAGCGGGGUCCCACGCAGAGGUGCUACUGUCAGUCCAUCCUGAUACCUCACAUUCUCGUUCAGCUUUGCAGCUAACACUGGACCCCAGGCACAGCCGCGAGUAAGGGGAGGCGCCUCCCUCUGGGGAUUCUUGCAGAACCUAAGCCCUUCCACAGCCUUGGAGGACUGCUUUCUCCUGCCUUAGCGGGGCAGCGAAUAGAUCCCGUGCCAGGUAAGGGCCGCCAGGGCCUGAGAACUGGAGCUCAAGCCACAUAGCCUGGACAGGGCGGGACGAGGGAGCGGGGCGGGGCCGGGGCUAGGGGGCGGGACCUGGAGGGACAGCGAGGCCCGGGGGGCGGGGCGGGGCUUGCGGGCGGCGGCGCGCUCGUGGUGGGGGCGGGGCAACAGCCGCAGGGCGCGCCGUGAGCAGACAGCAUGGGGACGGCGGUCGCGGCGGCAUUACCUGCGCGUGGGAGUUUCGACCACUCGCGGGCGUACCGCGCCCGCUUGGUGGCCGCUCGCUGUGUGCGGCCCCGGGUGGAGGCUGGCUGCCUCUUGGACGAGUUCGUGCGCUAUGUGGGCCCGGGGCUGAGUGCCCGCACCCGGUGGGGGGGCGGCUCCGCGGAGGACCUGUAGUCCUGAGGUAAAGACGGAAGGCGAGCUGCGGGUGAGGUACCUGGAGGAGGAGAACCGAGGCUCAAUCAUUGGAUUUAUCAGUUCCUAAAAAGUCAGAGGCAGGGGGGAGCCAAGUGAUGUCCAAACAGGGACUUCAGAGCAGGAAAGCUCCUGAAGAUCAUCGAUACGCUCCCAGAAUUAUAUGCAUUCAUGGAGAAUUUUAAUAACUAGAACAAGAAAUCAAAUCUACUAAAAACUCACAGUAUGUCGCCUAGUGAAGCACAGAAGAUACUUAGUCAUGACCUCAGUGGCAUGCCAUUCCCCGAGGGAGCUGACCUGAGGGUGGAAGCCCCCCAGCCUGUUUUCAUGUGCAAGGAGGUUAGGGAGGAGGAGGAAGAUCCAGAAUCUCUGGCGGAGCUCCUGCCCUGCAGCGCAGAAUUUCUGGUCCAUGUCUUGUAUAUUCCAGGAAUGUGCAUGAAGCCAGGAAAACAAUUCACGGAUCUAAAGGAUCUGGAAUGGAGAUACUACAAAGGGAUUGUGAAGUGGAAGCACUAUACUGCAGAUUCAUUCAUAAACAUAAAAUACAAUAGUGAGAAGAGAUUUGUAGGGAUGCCUGGUGUUAUUUCUCCCCCUCUAGUUCAUAGGUCUUUGAUAAUUUACCCUCAGGUUGACUAUCCAAAAAAAGUAACUUCUUAAAUAAAAUAUGUAGUUUAUUACAAUAUCUUGCAUGCAGAUUUUACUUUUGAGAGCACUGAACAUGGAAAGUGAAGAAGCAUAGGCACCGUGGAACAUGGGAACUGAGACUAUACAUUAUGCAUGGGAGGUCCAAAAUUAAGCCAUGAAUAUGGAGUAAAAGAUCCAAAUAACCUGCUAAUGUAAGACCUGCUUUGGAACUAUGAAAUCGACCUGGACCAAGGCUGAGGCAAAUAUGAUCAUAUGAAGAGAAAGUGUGUGUAUGAACAACUUCCAAACAAGAACAGCUCUUUAGUAUAAUCUAAACAUAUAUGGAUUCAACUAUAAAAAUAGUUGGUAAAUACAGCAAAUGGAAGAAUUAACACCUGAGGAUAUAGAGAUCAAUCUGAGAACUUACAAGUAUG